AUGAAAGCAACAAUGGAAACCCAAGAGGAUAGCAUCGACAUUGCGAGGCUGCAACGCGUCGCGUUGGGAUUAGAAUCUAUCUCAUCCCAGCCUUUUUGCAAUGAGCCCAGCAUAAUUGAGAGUACUUAUCCCCAGAACCGACGUGAUCUGGCACAACUACCUCACCCGGAUCAGCAUAUCUCCAUACCUGCUUCUCAGAACUGCCCCCGCGAGUCUGUUGUACACGGAGCUUCUACGAAUGGCAAAAGCAAUGCCACAGAAUCUCUAGAGUCGAACCGGCAGUCUCCCAAGCAAUCACCACGACCUCACUCGCCUGUGCCACCCACUGCAAAAAUGAGCUCGACCGAUACCCUCCCUUCUGACACUCAGGUCAUUUCCCAAUCAGUAUACGACGAAAUCAUCCGAAAGAACAAGGAAGCUAGCAAAGAUGGGUCGGACAGUAACGUUAUGGAUCGGGCUACACUUUUGACGCUACAUGAGGGAGAUAGCGGCCACAUCGACCUGCUUGCAGGGUUUGAUGCCACCAACGUUCAUCCGUCUAAUACAGACGAAAAUGAUGAUCAGAGCAGCUCUAGGAUGGGUGGGUCAUCCCCAUCAUCCCCUCUUACUUAUGAACCGAACCUAUUCCCUGAAUCCCAACGAUUCGUCGCAAAAACCCCUGUCAAUGCAGCGAAGCAGCACCAUGACGAAGGUGUAGCUACCGUGUCUCCUCUCGUCUCCCGAAACCCUCUUGCACCGGGCCUCGGAUCGGGCAGCGGCGUGAUGGCGUUGAGUCAGGUAUUCCAAGCAACGCAAGCACCGUCCUCGCCUCUUGUCAAUCCCUUACGACCAGACCUUCUGUCGGAUCGGCCGUCACCAAAUAUUCCCAUACAACAUCGUCCGCUAGCUCCAGCCCUCUCUUCUCCACUCAAUACAAUCGCGGCCACAUUCCCGCGAGAUUCUUCAGAGACCCAGUUGAACUAUGUCACGAUGAAGGAGUCGCAAGCGAAAAGGGAUAAGGAGAGAAUGACGCGCUCGGCUGAUCAUAUCUACUCGGAAGACCAGAGUGAUGGGGAAUUUGAUAAGGAGCCGAGCUUCAUUGAGAAUGCAAGGCGCAAGCGCAAGAUUGAUCAGGAAGUUGCAGCACAGUUUGCAGCUCUCAGUGCUCCUGCAAAGCCAUUAAGCCGCUCUGAACUACAGCCCGGGCUAUCUGAAGUCUCAGAGCGAGGAGGCUCUGCAGAUAAAGCCGCCGCCACCUCGGAAGUACACACCGUUGGAAUGAGUGAGGAGGAAACUGAACAGGAAGAGGAAUUGCCAGAGCCUGCUAUUUUAUCUCAAGUACCAAAUUCGUUAACCGAGGAGGACAAGGAAAACUGUGACGAUCCAACGACAGUUGGAUUGUCUCAUACGGCGAGUGCCCACGACCGGCUUUCGCAGGCUCUCUCUUUCCAUGGAAGUCCUGUAGCUACCCGCGAGCCCAUCCAACCGCUCUCGCCGGCGCGAUAUCCGAUGCGGGAUGACGAUCUGGAUGCAGUCAAUGCACUUAGGUCAUCCCCGGUUACGGUAAUCAAAGAUUCUCAGUGGUCGCCUGGGCGAAAUGAUGAAGACGAGGCCGGACCAGAGAUCGCCGCGAGCCCAUCUAAACUGCAUGGUGCACCAUUGCAAAGCAGGUCAACUAUCGUACAGGAGCGUGUGGCCAUCAUGGUAUCUCCAGGAGCAUCUCAAAGACACGAUGAUCAUCCUCUACCAGCAUUUACAAAUUCGGGCAAACGUUCGAAUCCUUCUGGGGAUGCUUCUCCUGUUCAGCAGGCCCCUAUCGAUACCUCAAGUAACCCUCCAAACAUGAAUGGUGCAGGGGUCCCAGACAAAGUUCUGAUGUUUGAUCCUCAAGGCAAAUCCUCUUCAAUGCCAUCACGCGUCGCCGAGACGCCUGUGCGUCGGCGGCAGAUGGGCUCGAGUGACUUAGCUACAGUUGCCACCAUUCCAGAAACUAGUCCGAAUAAUAUGUAUCACGACGAAGGCUUGAUGAGCGAUGCGAACAACGAGGGAGCAGACCAGGAGGAUGAUGACCUCCCUCCUCUCUACCCACGAACCUUUGAGCGGGCUAGUCAGUCGCAGCCGGUAGUUUCUGAAAGCUCAUCCCCCAUCAAGCAUAUAUUAAAUUCGAAAAUCCUUUCAAGCCCAAGUGGAAGGCAGCGCAGGGCGCUGACGGAGAUAGCGGCUGAUGCCUCACCUCAAGUUGGGGUUGCAACAUUUGAUGUAAAUAUCAAUAUCCUCUCCGCUGACGAUCAGGAGUUCAGGUCUGCCAUUGCAAUGUCUCCUCUUUCGUCCCGCAAGAAACGACGCAGCAAUGAUGGCCGAGGUAUUCCUGCCUCGGAUCCAAUAGUCCCAAUGACGCCUCGUCAACCCUCCCGCUAUCUAGUUCCCCCUCUCCAGGAGGAAGAAGAAGUCUCGCUGUCAAACUUUCCAAACCCAACAGAAACGGCAACGCGUCGUCAAUCAAGCUUUUCGGGACGCACUAAACCACCGAGGAGAUCUGGGUCUAUCUGGGAUGUGGAAGAUGCUCCAAAACUUCGCGUAUCCAGCAAAGAAAGGUCCAGGGUUUUUGCCCGCUCUCUGACUCGAGAACGCCAGCAGCAACCACAACCUCAGAAAUCCCCGGAACUUCAGCCACGUGAAGAACCCGAGCCGAAGAAAACCCCGCAAAAUGCUCAGGAUGAUCCCAUUGAAGUGCCAGCCUCUACUCCAGUUUCCGCAGUGCCCAAUAGCGAGCCAUCAUUAGAAGCGAGCCCGGCCCACGAGGCUCAGCAAACACCGCCAGAGAGUGCUCUAUUAGCCCCCAAUCAGAUUCUUGCGCCUUGGAGGGGCCGACAGCGAGUUUAUUACCCCGCAACCUGCUUUGGCACACCGUUCGGAACCGCUCAGGGUCAGUAUCUAGUGAAGUUUGAAGACAGCGCUCCUCUUGGGGUGCCGAUAGGCACUGUGAAGAGACUCGAGUUACGAAUUGGCGAUGCAGUCAAGGUUGACAUGCCAAAUGUGCCAAAGGUCACCCACAUUAUCAGAGGCUUUGCGAACAAGCUUAGUGAAGAUGUGCUGUCAAGCGAGGCGGCCCAGGGAAGAAUCCCAACCACGGACAUUUAUGGGCAUUCUACUCUUGUCUUAAGUCCAAAGCAACGCAAGAGUCUCCCAAGAGCGGGCAUUCAUGUUCCUGAGAAUGUUAUCAGUGUUCCCAUUUCCAAAAUAUACCUGGAUACUAUCCUGUGGAAUCAACUCAAGGACCGGCAGUACAACUACAGUUCAGGGUCUGGAAGCUCGGACAGUAGACUUCAGACGCCUUCAGACAGGCACAUUACACCGACAUCCCCAAGCACCCGAAUCUCGCGCAGCUUCCGUCCAUCGAAUGGCUUGUUCUCGGGGAUGGUCUUUGCGGUAUCAUACGGGGAUAAGAGCGAAGCCAAAUACCGCAUCACAAAAAUGAUCCUGGAAAACGAUGGCCGCAUUCUAGAGGAUGGCUUCAACGAGCUAUUCGAGUUGCCAUUGAACGCCCCGUUUACGACUCCCGCCAAGCCCCCGGGUUUCAGAGCGGCCGGAUCCAACGUCAACCUUCGCCUCAAACCCGGAGUGGAAGAGGUCGGGUUUACGUGCUUGAUUGCGGACAAGCACUCCCGCCGCCCAAAGUAUAUGCAAGCUCUAGCUCUCAACCUUCCCUGUCUCUCAGACCGCUGGGUCGAGGACUGUGUUGUCAAAAACCGGAUCUUGGACUGGGAGCUGUAUCUGCUCCCUGCGGGCGAAUCGUCUUAUCUUAACGGAGCGACAAAGUCGAGGAAUCUCACUCCUUACCCAACGUCCACGGCGAAGCUGUCUGAAACCGUCGCAGCGCGACCCAAUCUGCUCAGUGGACAAUCCGUCCUUCUCAUCACAGGCCGCAAUGGCAAAGCGGACGAGGAAAGAAGAAAAGCAUACCUCUUCCUGACAUAUGCCUUGGGCGCCUCGAAGAUCGAGCGUGUCCCCGAUUCUCAGUCAGCGCGGGCUAUCCUCGAGCAAUCUCAAAAUGAAGAUGGAACAUCUACCUGGGAUUGGAUCUAUAUUGAUGACGACGACAAGGCCACGAAUGUCAUGGCCACUAGCGCUGGGGGCUCCGUCCUGUCAAAGAAGCGCAGAAAGUCCAGGCUCAUGGAAUCCACCAAUGGAGAUGGGCUAGGCUUGGGCACGAAUGUUCGGGUCGUGGGCAAUGAGUUUGUUUGCCAAAGCUUGAUCCUCGGCCGCUUGGUCGACUAG